AUGGCGCCGCUGACGGCGAUCCGUGGCGGUUUUCCGAUCAUGAUUUGCGGCGUGGUGGUGACGGACGAAGCGGGGUGGAGCCCAGGGUGGCGGGGGAAGGACGCGGAGGCUUGCCUCCCUGCGAGCCGGAAAAUUGCGGCGGAGACUCGCUGGCGGAAAAACUUCGGGGGUGGAAAAAUCGCGCGUGAGAUCGGGCGCGGCGCGGACAACGCCGAAGAUCGGAAGCCCUCCACCGACAUGGAAGCCGAUCUGGCGAAAGGGGCCGCAUGCCCCGUGACCGACGCCGGAGGCGGCGGCGGCGAUCUGCCCGCGGGUCCGCCGCCGCCCAUCGUGACGAUAAAAUCUCUGGGUCGGAGGUCGGAGAUGGAAGAUGACGGAUAUAACGGGCCUGACCUCGUGGUUCUGCCCCUGCUGGCCAAGGAGGGGGAAAGGAUAGUGCCCAAGAUGGUUGAGAGGGGUUUGAGGCCGCUCUGGAGCGAUGGCCCGAGGAGGACUGGCCCCGGGGCGCCCGCUGAGCCCAGCUCGGAGGGCGUGGGGCCGCAGAGGCGCAUUCUGGCGAUGUGGCACUAUGCUGGCGUUUAUGAUGGGCACGGCGGUGAGGCUGUGUCCAAGGAGGCUGCCACACACUUGCACCUUUUCUACAAGCAGUCGUUUGCCUCUGUGCUGGGUGCAUUUGGGGACGACAACCCUGUGGGGGUGCAGCCGCCCAACGGGACAAUCGCGGACUCUGGGGAGCAGUCGGCGGAGGGGGCGGCUGCCCAGGACUCGUGUGAGAACAUGAUGGCUGAAGAUGCUGUGCCGAAAGUUGCCACCCCGGCGCCUCUCCCCAUACUGCCGUCGGAUGAUGAGAUGGUGGCUGCGGCGCGGAGGCACCCGGGGCUGACGCCGCAGAUGCUGGUGGAUGCGAUCGUGGAGGCAUUCCAUCGGAUGGACAGGCAGCUGAAAGACCAGCUGGUUGCCAUGGAGAUGGGCACGACGGCAGUGAUUGCGCUCGUCUGUGAGACCCACAUUUGUGUUGCAAACUGCGGCGACUCCAGGGCGGUGCUGUCGAGAGGCAAGAAUGCCUUCAGGAUGACCAGGGACCACAAGCCCGGUGUGGAGGACGAGACGGAAAGGAUCCGGGCAGCGGGGGGAGCUGUCCUUGACUACGGUGGCAAGAGGGUGAUGGGGCUGCUGGCUGUGUCUCGCGCCCUGGGUGACCACUACCUCAGGAAUGCAGGUGUUAUUGCAGAUCCAGAGGUGACUGUGAUUGGCCGCAGCCCAGAAGACGAGUUCCUGGUGCUGGCUACAGACGGUCUGUGGGACGCCCUCUCGGACUCUGAGGCGUGUGACAUGACUCGUAAGUAUCUGGAAGAGGCCCCCGCGGCGGGCAAGUCGCCUGAGAAGGCUGCCGAAGAGGCAGCACAGGCACUGGUGGAUGCUGCCCUGGACCGGGGCAGCAAGGACAACACUACGGUGACCAUCGUGGACCUGAGGCAGGGAUAG